CCACGAAAAAUUGAACCCUAAAAUCACACUCUGCAAGCGGAGUCGCAGGCGUAUCAGAUUAAAAAUUCACUCCCGAUUGAGACGCCACCGUUUCGAAGGCCGCCGCCGCCGAUUCAUCCCUUGGUCUCGAAGCCGCUGAGCGUUCCGCCAACGACAUAGUUACUCCCACAUUCAGCUUUGGGACGAGUGGUGGCAUAUAGAGAAAAUUGUAACUGGUCAAGCUGGGAUUGAGUUGAUGCUAUGACUAGACUUUCAUUUAGGCCUAGACCCCUCGACAUUAACAAGAAGCUUCCUAUUGUAAAAUCUUUUAAGGACUUCGAGGAUGAUGAUGUUCCAACUUCCACUCGUAACUCCCAGAUACUCCGUCUCGCAACAGAAGCUGAUAAUGAGGUCCAACAAGUAUCUUCCAAGAAACUUGCUUCAGAAAUACCAACUCCUGAGUUUGUGGUUGUGGAUACAUAUGAACGGGACUACUCUCGUACAUUUAGUCAACCCAUGUCAUAUCUGCGAGCAAGGGGAUCUCGGGCUGAAAUUGGAGAGUUUGUUGAGUAUGAUCUUGAUAAUGAGGAUGAAGAUUGGCUUGACGAGUUCAACAAUGAAAGAAAAAAUCUUGUAGCUGAAAAAUUGGAAACAAUAAUUUUUAAGUUGGAGGUUUUAGAUCACAGGGCUCGUGAAAAAGCAGGGGUUAUUACUCCAACACUUAGCUCACCUAUUCCUGUGCUUUUAACUUUUGAUGCUGCUGUUGAGGCAUUGCAAUCACUCUCAAUUGAGUAUGGAGUUUUCCGGGCUAUUUACAGUUACUGGAAAGAAAAGCGCGAGAGAUGGCAAAAACCAAUCCUCAGACGUUUGCAGCCACCCCCACCAUCCAAUGACACCAAUCCGUAUAAUGUGUUUAGGCCAAGGGAGAAAGCUCACAAGCUUCACACGCGAAGGAUGCAAAGGAGGGAGAACAAUGUACAGUCGUUUGAAAAGCUUCGCCAGGUGAGGCGCAAUCUCGAUCAGGCAAAGACUAUUCUUGAGGCUUUGAUCAAGAGAGAAGAGAAGAAACGGGAAGUUGUGGAGAGUGAGAUCAGUCUUCAAAGACUUCAGAUGACAUACAAGCAUGAAGCCGAGCUUCUUGAGGAUUCUUUGGCCAUACCAGGAUUGCCAUCUUUUCCCAGCAAAGUGGGUUCAAGUGAUGAUGAGUUCUUUGAUUCUGAUGAUGUGGCAAACAGUCGUCCACCAGGCCGAUCUCCUAUUGUCCAAAACUCACCUUUCACUGAUCCAAAGCUGGUGAUGGUACCUUCUGGGAACAUGAGGAGGGAGGCUGGAAGGCGUGGUCCUCAUGUGCGGUUGCCUAAGCUGGAUCCUAAUGAGCCACUCAUGCUGUUCACAAAGCCACUUUAUCCGGAUAAGCUAGCAGCGGCUGGCAUCAUGCCGCCAUCAGAUCUUUCGACUGCAAAUGGCACGUCUGGUCGCUCAUUUAAUUUCCGUGGAAGGAUUGGGCGAGGGGGCAGGAUAGUGUUUGACAGAUGGAAUCCUCUUAUGCAUACUCCAAUCGAUUGCGGUGACACUUUGUAUGUACCACCAGGGCCUCGACAUUCAGCUCAUCAUUGAAUAAGAGAGCACAAAUUCCUCUACAUUUGGUUCUGCUCCUAACUGGGGGUAGAGCCAAAAGAAUAGGAUUUAGGAGUAGGAUUUGGUGUAUGUAGGGGUAGGAUCUGAUGCUUUAUGCUGCUGUUGUAUGAAUCAUUUGUUUGUAUCCUUGGAGAAUAGAUGAUGUGUUGUUUAGUAAGUAAUGAAAUAGGCAACUGCUGUAAGUGGAGAUAAUUUAAUAGGGAACACGCUUUGUGCCUUGUAUUCUAAAUGGAAAAAAAUCAGCUAUUCCGUUUUGCUGUCAA